AUGAAGCCACAUUUCAUCCGAAGAUGCAACGCUGGCCAAAGACUGCUGAUCUGUGCAGUUUUCCUCCUCAAUUUGUUCACUGAUCUCGCCACUAUCGAUGGUCACGUCCUUCCACGCCCUCUCACUACCACUAGCCUAGAGCGAAACUUUACCACCGGCAGCACCACCCCGACCGUCGUUGGCUUCUCCACCGACCUUCCCGAGCCGUACGACCCCCUACCGUCUCCAUCGUACGCCACAACCGAUUUCCCGGUGAGCGGUACGAGUGCUGCUACUUCCGCUACCCCUAGCCCACCGGUCCAAGCCUCCCGCGAUAGCGCAUCUACCAACACCACCAUCAACGCCUCAGCUGGUCGAGUUUUGGUUGUGAUACCGGCAAACUUCUCCGGCGUACAGUUUCGACGGGAGUUCAGCAACUUUGUCCGACUACUCCAGUCCGGCCGGGCAGUUGAGUCGAACGAGGACGAACUGACGGCCCUUCUUCACGACAGUCGGAUCCAGUUCCGUCCCUGGCAAGGCAUGGCAUCACUCGAGCGCUGGCUAGAGGAUGCCACCUUCGGGAGCGUGCUCUACAUGUCGGACGAAAGUGACAGCUUCAUCGGGUAUUGUGACAGCUUAUCGACACACUUGUCGGCGGUCUACCGGAAGCCGGUGCUCUUCUGGCCGUGCCCGCGGAUGAAGGCGACGGAAAAGUUCAUUCCUUCUUACGAAACCGUUUCGUUCGCUGUGAAAGGCAUCGCACAGCAGCUUAAUUGGACCGAGGCGAUCCUGCUGGCGACAGACUCCAAUCGCGCCUUGACGCUCGCCCUGGCCAGCAAUCUGCACAUCCCGUACGCAAUAGCAGCCGACGUCCGCAGCAUUCCGGCUUCGUUCAGCGAUGGCAACGGAAAAGUGGUAAUCAUCUGUUCGUCGAUCAACUCGCCGCAAACAAUCAGCGUAAUCAAUCAACUGCAGCGGUACGGCAGCACGAAGAUCCUGCUGGUCGACAUGGUGGGCGCAAUAUUCAGCAGCGAUAACGUCCUCUACCGGCGGCUGGCGAAGGAAGCGGGUUCGGAGCUGCUGCUGGGGGAAACGCUACGCCACCGGCGCAACCUGCUCGUCCUCACGAUACUGACCGAGAACUUUCGCACCAUCCUGCACCGGCUGCAUGCCGUCGACCUAGGCGACUACGAGCACAUCAGCGAGAAUUUGCUGAAAAUUCGCCUGACGACCGGCGAUGAUAGUAUCGAUGCGGACAGCGAUAAUGCCCACCAGGGCGCGUCCGACGACGAGGAACUCCGCGGAGCGCUGGAGGUCCUGCUGGACGUCGCCGCGAACGGUACGGAGCCGUCGGAAGGCUGCGACUUCCAGGGUUUCUUCCAGCACGUUGCCAACUGGCAGGAGAUCCUCAAGCAAACCGUCGACUCCGCCCGCUGCCAGACGCUGUUCGGGAGCUACUGUGAGCUGGCCGUGGACCAAGCUGUCACCUCGACCGCCCCCAGCAAUCCAUCAUCGGCGGAAAAUGACACCGACCGGUCGGGGCCGGGGAUCGGGGCCGGUGGGGGCGGCCAAGCCGUGAAUCAAUCGUUCGCAGCGGCGGUCGAGGAAAUCGAGCGCUUUUGUGAGCUCUUCCUCGCCAGCUACGAUCGGAUGCUCGGCCCCAACGGGACCUACCGUAAGCCACCGGAACGGCCCGACAACCGGCUGCUGUUCGGCGAGCACUUCCAGUUCUUCGACUUCCUGCUGGCGACGCUGCAGGACGCCGGGCGGCACCGGGCGGUGCAGUUCGAUUUCAUUGCGUUCGACUUCAAGAACUUCUCGCCGCACCACCCGCAGCAGGCCGUCGUCUGGCGCCCCUUCCUGAUCCUGCAGCAGAGCCAGCUGCACCGGCACCAGUUCAGCAUGCAUCCGGUUCCGCCCGGGUACGCCGACUGGGUGGUCGAGGCGACGCUCGAGACGAUCUGGUUCUGCGGCCCGCUGUGCUGGACGGUGGUCGGGCUGGUGGCGCUCAUCGCGGUUGCCAUGAUCGUCGGUAGCGUCGUGUUCACCGUGGCCGUCCGGAACUACAUCCUCAAGACGCGCCUCUCCAAAGGGCCGAACAAGAUCGUCCUCUCGCCGGCGGACUUUGUGUUCCCAGUCGACAUGCGGAGGGUUGACGAGGGUAUCGAGGCGAUGCUGUGCUGCUGGCUGCAGCAGCUCCAGGAGUUUGGCGGACCCGAGGUGGAGAAGCCGGACCUGCUGAAGGGUUCGAUCGGGUCGCUCAAAAAUCUCGGCCUUCCGGUCCCGACCAAGCCGAGCUCGGGCAGCGAAACGCUAAUCCGCCACAGUACGGCGGCCAUCGAUCACAAGGCGCGCUACAACGGCGACCUGGUGCAGCUGAAGGAGAUCCCGAGUUCGAGUUCGGCGUCCCACGAGCUGAAAACCAAGGCGAUGGAUCUGCUGGUGAUGGCGCACGGUUUACGACACGAGAACAUUAAUCCUCUAAUCGGCUGGCUGAACGAACCGACACGGACGGCGCUUGUUUUCGAGCACUGCUCGCGGGGAUCCCUCCAGGACGUGCUCAUCAUGGACGAGAUCAAGCUGGACUGGUCGUUCCGGUUGAGCCUGCUGACGGACCUGGUCCGCGGUAUGCGCUACCUCCAUGCGUCUCCGCUGCGCGUCCACGGCUCACUUUCGUCGCGAAACUGCGUCGUGGAUGCGCGCUGGGUGCUGAAGAUUACUGACUACGGCAUGCAGAGCUUCUACGAGGCCCAGGGCAUCACGCCGGCACCCAGGAGCGCCAAGGAGCUGCUCUGGACGGCGCCGGAAGCCCUCCGUGACUCGAAAGCCUACCCCAAGGCGGGCACCCAGCCGGCCGACGUGUACGCCUUCGGCAUCAUCAUGCAGGAGGUCGUCGUGCGCGGUGAGCCGUACUGCAUGCUGUCCCUGUCGCCGGAGGAGAUUAUCGCCAAAAUCAAGAAACCCCCGCCCCUGAUACGACCGUCCGUUUCGAAGGGGGCCGCGCCGCCGGAGGCCAUCAACAUUAUGCGCCAGUGUUGGGCGGAGAAUCCUGAAAUGAGACCCGAUUUUGCGGCUAUCUGCGAACGGUUCAAGCAAUUAAACCACGGGCGAAAGGUUAACUUCGUAGAUACGAUGUUCCAGAUGCUCGAGAAGUACUCCAACAACCUCGAGGAGCUCAUUCGCGAGCGGACGGAGCUGCUGGAUAUCGAGCGGAAAAAGACUGAACAAUUACUAAAUAGGAUGCUGCCAAGCUCGGUUGCAGAAAAGCUUAAAUUAGGGCUUGCCGUGGAACCGGAAGAGUUCGCCGAGGUGACGAUCUACUUCAGCGACAUCGUGGGCUUCACCACAAUCGCGGCUCACUGUACGCCCGUCCAGGUCGUCGAUUUGCUAAACGAUUUGUACACCUGCUUCGACGCCACCAUCAACGCGUACAACGUCUACAAGGUGGAAACGAUCGGUGACGCGUACAUGGUGGUGAGCGGACUACCCGUCCGCACGCCAGAUCACGCGGAGCAGAUUGCCACCAUGGCGCUGGACCUUCUCUCCCAGAGCGGCCACUUCAAGGUACGCCACCUGCCCGGUGUUCCGCUGCAGCUUCGGAUCGGCCUACACACCGGUCCCUGCUGUGCCGGCGUCGUUGGCCUAACGAUGCCCCGGUACUGUCUCUUCGGCGACACGGUCAACACGGCCUCCCGGAUGGAAUCAACAGGUUCGUCCUGGAGGAUUCACAUGUCCCAGCAGACGUGCAAUUUGCUCGAGAAAGCCGGCGGCUACGUUAUCGAGCCCCGGGGACCCAUCGAAAUCAAGGGCAAAGGCAAAAUGCACACCUACUGGCUGCUCGGCAAGAAAGGCUUCGACAAGGCACUGCCACCUCCACCACCGAUCGGGGAAUCGCACGGCCUCGACGUGGCGAUCCUGAAGAACUCGCUCUUCCAGUCGCAGCAGAACCAUGCCAAGGUGAACGGUCAGAGUAACACCUGCUCGACGGCGAACCACUCGUCCAGCCACUCGCCCUCCGUCGCCGGCGAAACGAUCGAUGUGAAGGUGGAGAUAACCCCGCCCGUGCCACCGGCGUCCGGUGAUGGGGGAGGCCAUUCGGGUCCGGGGCACGAUGCGGCCGUCCUCUCGACAUCGUUCUCCAUCGACUCGAGCUCGAGCAAUAACACGUUCACGCUGAACCUGGGCGACUUUGGACCGUCGAAGACGACCCCCCUGCCCAGCCCCGGGCAGCGCAAACUCUCGGAGGUCAUUGCCGACGGGUCGUCGUUCCUGGCCGCCACACACCCCGGCUUCGAUCGGCUUCAGCCCUCGCCCACCACGACCGCCAACUCGACGCGUCUAUUCAAGCGCAUCGAGGAGCUGAUCGAUCUCAGCUCGCCGUACAACUACUACAAGUGUCUCAGCCCGAGCGAGAACAACCUGGCCCAGUGCACGGAGGCGCGCUACGGCAGCUACCAGCUGCGCUCGGACAGCUGCUCCAGCAAGCCCGGCUCGACGCGCUUCCUCCGUCGCCAGUUCAGCCUCGACAAGGACGACGUGGCGCCCGCGGGAGUUGGAACCGGCACUGCGCUCACUUCCGGCGCGAGUCAGAACCGUGCCACCCUCGACACCAUCUCCUCGAUAUCGGUCGACCGCGAGCAGCUCGCCCGCAUGGGCACGCUCACCUCCAUCCCGUCGAUCAGCUCGACCACGUCGACGUCGCUGGGGACGGCGGGUGGGAAGCCGCGGUGCCUCGGCGGCAUGCACCGCCAGCAGUCGGCCAGCGUCGCCCAGGACCUGGAGAAGAUCGAGGAGAUCCCGCUCUCGCCGCAGUCCUUCGCCGUGCUCAACCACACCACCGGAAGCAGCAGCACCUCGAGCCUGCAGUCGGAGAUCAACGAGCGGGGGCGAGCGUUCCGCAACGGGACGGCGCUGGCGGAGCGGGCCCACAACGGCAAGGAACUGCGGCUCAGCGUCGAGGCGCUCGGCCUUCGGUGA